AUGGAUCGGUUGAAAGCCAAGCGUUCAGCCCGGCGAGCCCAGAACACGCGGCUUAUUAACGACGCCGAAACGAUCUUGAACGAUCCACAGACAGACUUAGGCAGGCUCCACGCGGUCAAGGAUCGGCUGUCUGCCAGCAACAUCGAGCUAGACCGCAUCAACGAGGAGCUGGAGCCACUAUUGCCAAUCACGGAGCUGGAAAAUGAGCACGCUUCGGUAGCCGAAUACCAAGACCACGCCAUCAGGGUUGUCGCAGAGCUGCGAUACAAGAUCGAACACCUGGAGAUCACCAGACGUAACCCUGUUCCUCCUACAACGGCCCCAUUACAAGGCGCUUCUGAAAGUAUCACCCCAGUGAGUGGCCCAAGAACGCCGAAACUGGACAUAACCAUUUUUAAAGGCGACAUCAGCCACUGGCGCACUUUCUGGGAGCAAUUUGAUGGAACAAUCUACUCAAGUCGGGCAUUGUCUACAACUGACAAGUUCCAUUACUUACGACGCUACCUCGCAGGCGAUGCAGCAUCGGCAAUUGCCGGGUUACCGACGACCGAGCGGUGCUAUCCAGAUGCUAUUGAACUCCUGAAACAGCGCUUCGGAGAUCCCAAAAGAAUAGAGCAGGAGCACCUAUCAGCACUGCGAAACCUUCCUCAGAUUCGACCUUCGGUUGACACCCGGGGUCUUCGCAAGCUUUAUGAUUCAACGCAGCUGAACAUACGUUGCCUCAACGCCCUAGAUGUUACAACUGCAAGUUUUGCGGCAAUCCUCAGCGACAUUCUGAUGAAGGCAAUGCCAUAUGACAUCGUCGUGCAAUAUCAUCGGCAAGUCAGCUACAAGCUCUCAAGCAGCGCAAAUGUGAUGCAGGGCGACGGUUCCGCAUCAGAGACAUCCACUACCGCUUCGAAUCUCAAUGAGAUUCUCAGUUUCCUCCGCAUCGAAGUAGAAAGCAGAGAGCUAAGCGGCCACCCCGCAGCUCGAGGCAAGGAGCAAACAGACGAAACGACGGACCAGUCCCAGCCGGCGGCAUCAGCGCUCCAUAGUGCGGCACCUUCAGUGCCAGGGGAAUGCCUUUUUUUUGUCACUCGAAGAAGCACGAGACACAAUUUUGCGAUGCUCAGGAGACGCUAUACAACAAAAAGAAGAUGUUAG